AUGGCUGUCGAGGCCAUCAAGGACACGUCGAGCACAGGGUCCAUGGGCGAUUAUGCGAGGGCUACGUCCCGCCUAAAUCCUCCCGCGCGCUGGUACCCCGACUGCUGGCCCCCGACCCCAGCAGUCGAUUUGCCCAUCGAACCACAUGCCUUGGGAUUCUUUCACCAAUCGGCUCCACAGCUUGCAGGUUAUUUUGAGCACUCUCUCUUCCAGGGCAGUGCCUUACAGCUCAGCCUCGCGGAGGCCACCGUACGCCAAGCAAUUUCCGCCCUCGGCCUUCUACACAAACAAGCCGCCUUGGACCAAUUGCAAUCUCCCCGCAGAGGCACUCGACCGCCAGAGCUUCCUAUGAAGCUGUAUAACCGCGCCAUUCGGGCCAUCAUCAAGGUCACCGCGGAUCCUCAUAAUCUGCCCUUCAUCGCCAUGAUCAACAUCCUAUUCACCUGCUUUGAAUACUUCCAAGGUAAUCUAGAUGCGGCCGCCUCGCAUAUUCGUGGCGGUGUGAGUUUAUUGAAGGACUGGCGCCGGAAGAAUUGGAAAGAUACUGGCCAGGCUUGGGGUCGAGAGAAUGCUCCAUCCGAAGCUGAGUUCAUGGAGAACGAAAUUGCGCCAUUGCUCUCCAUCUUCAACAUCAGUGCCAUGAAGUGGGGAGUCGGGAUGCGUGACAAUCUUCUCCUCAGCCCAUUGGAUAACCAAGGCAAACCUGCCAUUCCAGAUGAUUUGAAUCCCUUGGUAAGGCGAGAGCCGCACUCCUGGACCUGA